UCCCAAGAUUCUGGGACACGCGCGCACUGCCGUCGAGUCGCCUUCAUCAUCUUCUUUCGCACGCAGCAUCUAACCAUCAACAAGUUUCGACGCCAUGGUUAGCACAAUCAGUUACGCCAUGCCAGCGGGCGUUCUUGGGGGUCUCUGCGCCGGAAUGAUCCUCUUCAUCUGGUGGUGGUUCCCCCGGACAUGGAAGAGGGGUGUCGCCCGCGAAAACGCCGAACUCGAUGCGCUGGAUUCGCAGGAGCACAGAGACCGGGCGGUCAACCACGCGAAAAGUAUCAUCGACAACUAUCGCGAGAGGAUCAAGCAAGAACAGUUGGCCAAGAGUGGCAAUGCGCCUUCAACGGAGGCCGGUGACCUAGAGGCUCAACAUUCGGCAAUGAACGCAGAAGUGCAUGACACUAACAAAUCACCUACGCCUCAUGUUGAUGUUGCCCCUACGACCACAAUUUAGUUUCGACCUCGGUGGCGAC